AUGGCGACGAUUAUGAAGAAUCGCAAGAAGAGGGAACUCUUCGACGACUCUUUCUUCACAUUGUAUCUCGUUGAUGGCGUUGUGGUGAGUUGCUGUGCGACUGGUGUUCUCCUCUUGAUCUUUGAUCGCUUUUGCUCGGCUAUUGUCCCUCAAUCUAUCCGUUAGGGUUGUAGAAGAGGCUUAUUCAGGCCGUCUGUGCCUGUUUUACAAACUCGAGGGUUUGCAAAAAUGUGGCUGAAACUUUCUUUAGACAUACAGUACUGGUCUUUUCAUUUCUAUGUAUUGCGAUGGCACGUAGUGUCAAUUGCGAUUCGAAUGUCCGCCAACGUUUUCUGAUUAGUGCAUAUCUUUUUCCAGACGCUUCUCUUCUUGGUUCUCGACAUUUCUUUCAUGCGCCUCACCUCCUACGUCCGUCCAGUCUGCGAGUUCUGGCUCCCGCUGCUCGUCACCCCUGCCUACUACCUAACUCCGUACUUUACCCUCUACUACUACACUCAAUUUUGCAAAAUUCUCUCGACUCUAAUGAUGAACAUCAACCGUUUCACUUCUGUCAAUUAUCCGUUUCUUCACAAAACAGUAAGUCGUCUAGGUAGGAGAGAGGCAUGGUAACCGUCUGUUUGAAGGUGUGGAUGGAGCACAUCCGGAAGGCCAUCUUUAUCAUCUUCUUGUUACCUCUGAUAUUCGUAUGGCCGAUGGCCAUCGCGAGAACCAACUUCUUCCCGUAUCACGGACAAGGAAUGGUGCUUUAUGAGCACAAGUUCGAGUGGGCGCGCACCACGUUCGGCAGGAUUGCACUCGGCGUUCCCACACUUUUGUUCACAAUCUUCUCGAGCGUAGUAACGUCGUCAAAGUUGACCAAACUGGGGAAGCACAUGCGAAAAGUGGACGCUUCCAUGACGAUCGCCACAAUUUUCGUGUCCGUCGGAUUCGCGUUGAUGCUCGCGUUGCAAGUCAGUUAUUUGGUGUUCAAUACGAAAACGAUGAUCUCGGCGCCCUGGAUUGCAAUGAUUAUAUUGGCGUUGACGCAGUUGUGCAAUGACUUUUACAUGUUGAGGUUAGAUUCUCCAUAGUUCCGACAAUACGAAUGCAACCCGAACUUUCCGCUUUUUCAGUGGUCCCGUAGUCCUUCUGAUCAUAGACAAACGCAUUCGCAACUCGAUAUUUUGCUGCUGUAAGCCGAGAAAGGAUUUCAAGAAAACGACGACAGAAGUGUCGAUGAAACGAGCAACCAAAACCAACUCAGAACCCAGAUGA